AUGGGUCGGCUCGACCGGAGUGAUACCACGGCCUCACAGAAAACUGGCGUGAAGCAACAUGGCGACCUGCUGACCCGCGAGCGGCUGUGCUGCGGGCUGUCGCUGUUCUCGGUAGUGCUGCGCAGACUGCGCACGUGCCUGUCGGCGCCGCAGUGGCCCGCCCCCCCCGCCCCCCACCACCACGCGCCCGCACAUACUGACGACACCAACGAGUUCCACAGAUUGUGGUCAGCGCUUCAGUUCUUGUACUGCAUCCCCGUCGGUGACACGCAGUUCACUGUCGAGGAACUAUUCGGCGAAGGUCUGCACUGGGCCGGGUGUACCAUCAUAGCGCUGCUGGGCCAGCAGAGACGGUUCGAGGCGCUGGACUUCUGCUACCACAUCCUGAGGGUGCAGAGAGUGGACGGGAAGGACGAGUCGGUCAAAGGCAUUCCACUAAAGCGCAUGGUGGACCGCAUCCGUCGGUUCCAAGUGCUGAACUCUCAAAUAUUCGGAGUACUGGCGCGACACCUGGCGGCCGACGAGGAGAGAGCCGGCGUCGAACACGUACGCUGCUUCCCGCCGCCCUCCGCGCCCGUACAUCAGAUCAACUAG